AUGUUCUUGGGGAAGCCUGUUUGCCUCAAAGCAUACUGCAGACUUUUGUCGGUGGGCCAGAAAGUGCUGCAGAGAUUGCGUUCAGGGCAGCUCGGAUACACUUCGAAUCGGGCGCAGGCCCCGAAGCACCCAACGUUCGGGUUCAGUUUGAGAGGUGACGCAGCGGAGAAGUGGCCAUCAGUGCUGAUGUUCCUGUGGAUCAUUUACCACUCUUCCGCAGAGUUCAUGCCUGAGGGUGGGCAUAGCCUGCGCAAACCUACCGUUGAACAAUUUGACGGAUCUGAAGAGAGCGUGGAUCGGCGAGUGAAUGAAUUCAUGAAUGGCUUGCAUCAAUAUCGCUCUGACAUAGACCUGCAUCUUGUAGGGCCUGGGUCCUUUAAGGGCGAGCGACGAGAGCUCCAGCUGAUCAAUGGUGGGGCCACUGGGCAGGAGAGUGCGAUCAAAGCGUACUCAUCGCGCGUUUUAGCCCAGUGGCUGGAUCGACAGACAUAUUGGGCAUUCAGGAUCCUACGUGAAGCAGUAGCCACAAGCUGUAUUUGCGGCAUCCAUGACGGCAUGGACCAGGCCAAGUUCAAAGUUCCAAGAAUCAGACAGCUCGCCGCCAACUCCAAACAAUACGCUUCACUGUUUAGACCACGUUUGCACGUGGCUGGCCUUUGGAUCCACGGCCGCAGAAUCCAAUUUGCGAUCAGCGAUGAAAACUUGGCCAAAGAUUCGGCUUGUCAAAUGGAACAGCUGGCCAGAGGCUUGGACGCUAUUUACAGGGAGCAUGGCUUGCCACCUGGAUUGGCAAUCCAGCAAGACAAUACAUAUCGAGAAGGGAAGAACCGGCACUACAUUGCCUUCCACAUCCUCCUGGUUGCACUGAACACCUUCCGGUGGACUGUUUGCAACUACCUGCGGGCGCAGCUCAUAUCCCGGAAUGAGUUCAACAAUCCAGAAGAACUCAUUGAACUCAUGGAUUCUUCUGGUCGUCCUCGAGGUGAAGGCGAGUCUGCGCGCAAGGCGCAGAAGGGAAACUUUGCGAAGGUAGAAUGCGUGGCGUACAAGUUGGACGAGGUGGCCAACUGGAAGGACUGGGCUGCAAUGGCUGGAGUUCGAGUCAAAGGGUUGCGCGGUGUUGGGCAGGUGCGCAUCAGCCUCCGGAAGGAUAUAGACCCCUCAUCUUAUGGGCAUUGUGAAGUGCAGGAAAUUGCUGGAGCCGAGCGGUCGGAGAAUGACAUCAUUUUAAUUGCAAAAAGGUUCAUGGCAAGUCCAGAACCCUUCAAAGUUGUGACCGUGAUGACAGCAGCAAGAGCAGCUACUGUGCACCGGAGCUUUGCGCAACCUCAGGGCGUUGCCCCAAGACGAGCCAUCAAGGAGAAAGUUGCAAAAAAUAUCCGCAGCAAGGUUCCGACUUUGGUGAGGAACCUCACUCUGCCACCAGAUGCUGGAGCUUACCUGUUGAAUUGGGCUGAGUCAUCGUUACAGCUGCUUCCACGGCCACAGCGCUAUUCAUUUUUGGAGCACCGGCAUGAUGGUUGUGUGCGAGAGGGCCCAGGUCCAAGAGAGGCAUGGGGGCCUCGGCCCAGAGAGAAGGUGGUUGAUUUAAAGCUCCCAGAAAACGAUUCAGACGAUGCUUCCGACAAUGAUUUAGAGCCAAUUGACUUUGAAGAUGGUUACUACCAAAGGCCAUUUCUCCUUACGAUCCCAGUUUGCAGGACGCAGCAGGAAGGUGAUGAACCUGAUCCUGUUCCUGCAGAGGAAUUCAGCAGAACCAUUCGAAUUGGAUCCAUUUGCUCCGGUUGGGGUGUGGCGGAGAUGGUUCUAACCGCCCUUAACGAGAAGAUUUCAGAGCUCUAUCCUGAUGAAGAUUUUCCACAGUUCAAGAUGUCCUGGAUGUGCGAGUCCGAGAAGUUCAAGGCUGAUCACUUGAGGACUGCCUUCCCGAACACGGAGGCCAUCUUCAGCGACAUGAAGGACCUUGGUCGUGGAAAGGAGCAAAUGGCGUACCAUAUGGGCAAGGUGAGUGUGCUGACCAAAGACCUCAUUCCCCUCACAGAGAGGGAAUUGGCUGUCCUUGCUGCGUCGGUGUGUGAGAUGGCUGCCUGCAGCCUGAAUCCUUACGAUGAGGCGUUCAUCAUCCAAGUGGAUCAAUCAUUUGGCCGCCAGACGUGGCAUCGGAGGGACCCUCGCAUACUGCCGUGCCUGCUCCCUUCGGGGAAGUAUAUUGUUACCAAGAGAUGGUCUUUGUUGACUGCCAAGGAGAAGGCAAAAUUCCAAGGCAUUGGCAGCCGCGAGUACUUCAGGUACGGCAUGCACCUUUUGACGGAAAACCAAUUGGGUGACCUCGCAGGAAACUCGUUCUUCGCUUGCAAAGCAUUAAUGCAGGUUGGAAUCACGGCCUUUUUUGACUUGUGCUAG